CUGGCUGCCCCGCGGACCUCCUAGAAUCUCCAGGCAUAGCCAUAGGUAGAUGGUCUCCCAUAUCUCUUUUGUCAGGUACCUGGAGAGUGACUAAGCCAUUUGAGCAGGUAGAUAAAACAAGUCACUGAUGUGAUGUGAUAACGUGGUUGUCCACGUCCAAUAUCUUGAUAGAAUUUGGUAAUCAAUAGAGAGUGAGGCGACUAAUAAGUUUAACGCAAUGAUUUAUUGAUGAUAUUAUCGCUUCUCAUAUCACCUCAUAAAGAGAUCACAUUUUUGAGUUGGUAAAACUUUGGGUUUACCGUUAUGCAUGGCUGCUCUUUAUUUGAUUCGCUAGCCAGCAGCGUCGGAUGUGACAGCUCAGCCCGUGGUGCUGCGGCCUAAUUCAGGCUGACUCUGUAGGCUUCUACAAUUCUUAACUUCUAUUAAAUCAGCUGGAGGACAAUUUCAAAUCCUAUUCUAUUUAGUGUCUAGUGUUAUUAUUGUCUAGGACAUCAGUAUACCUUCAUUUCGCCGUUUUGUCACUUCUGAUCACUAUGGUGCAGAGCAAUGGGUCUCGGAAAUGGCCGUGCGAUUGCGCAUCAGUUUUUGACACCCCGCAAUCGUUUGGUGAGCAUGUCCAGAAGACUGGCCACAUGAAGCCACGAUGGUGCACUUUAUGCCAUCGCCUUUUUGCUUCAAAGGAAAGCCUUGGCCAACACAAAAGAACUGCCGCAAAACAUAAGAAGAAUCCUACUGUCCCACCAAAAGUCAACGUCAAUACUCCUGUUUCCGAUAAGAAACCCCAGGUAGAGAAACCCAAAGUUUCUCCAAACAAGCCGGCGCAGGUUCCUAAGGCGACCAAGACACCUAAGGCAGCUAGAGGUGUGACGAACGCCACGAAGAACCCCGCUAAAAAUUGCACAACUAUUAGUUCGAAUGCCAGCCAAUCCCUAAAGGUUGGACAAAUGUCCAUGUCAACCUAUCAAGUGGCACCCUUGACAGAGCUAUUGAAUCCUCUCGCAAAGAACUACCCAUGGGCAUCAGGAUGGCAAGAAGCAGAUAUCAUCCAGACCGCAACUUUCCAAUGCCAUAGUGAAUGUCGCUUACUGGACCAAGGCUAUUACACAGGUGAUCCCUCUUAUAGGGGAGGUCAAAAGUUUAAUAUCAGAAAGUUUGUUUCGACACCGCCAAGGGUAAAUGGCUCGGUGAAACGAAAAGCUAUUGCGCUGGACUGUGAAAUGGUCGGGAUUAGGGGUGGCAAUCAAGAACUUGCCCACCUUUGCGCCGUUGACCUCUUUACCGGGGAGGUCCUCAUCGACACUCUUGUGCAUCCUACCGAACCCGUCGAAGACUGGAGAACCCGAUGGAGUGGCGUGACGCCGGCCAAAAUGGCGGUUGCUAAGGCGAGCGGUAAAGCCCUGGAUGGGUGGCCGGCAGCAAGAGAAAAGCUUUUUGAGUUUGCGGACGCUGAAACCAUAUUCGUCGGCCACGCUCUAAACCAUGAUUUAAGAGCAUUAUAUAUCGCCCAUAAACGAGUCAUUGACUCCGCUAUUCUCAUCGCAGAAGCUGUCUUCGGGAGGGCACAGAGGUUAUUAAGUCAGUGGGGCUUGAAGAAUGCGACUCAGGAGCUAUUCAAUAUCAAGAUACAGACACUUGAAAGUGGCCACGACUGCUUAGAGGACGCGCUUGCUGCGAGGGAGUUAGUACUUUGGUGUCUCAAAGAACCCGAGAAGCUAUCGGAAUGGGGUAAGAAUGCUUUGGUCAAGUAUGAUGAGGAAAGACGAAAGAUAUACAUGCGCAGACGAGCGAAAGAAAGGGCUAAGAAGGAAAAGGAGGAGAGGGAGAAGGAGAAACAACCAUUCUUCGCACGGUCAUCUAUCGCAGCACGCAGCGAUGAGGGUAGGGAGAAUAAUUACGGCGAUUAUUAUGAUGACGACUACGACUAUGAUUAUUCUCAACUCCAUGGGAGAGGGGACAUUGGAAUAGUUCCUUUUCAUGAUUAUAAUCAUGGUGAGCCUCAUGGUAACGACUCACUGUGAGAAGAUCGAGACUACUAAUUGGUAUGGGAUCUCUCAAAGUACAUAGAUCUUAGCUCAACAAUUUAUUAAUUCUAUGAGAGAGAGGUCUUAUCUAUCUUUGGGUAACUCACGUUUCUGUUAUGGAAAGGAUUAUUAUUUGGUAAAUUUUUAUUAAUUUACUUUGACAAAAA